AUCGCGAAGGUAGCAUUUCCUAGGGGACUGAGAAGAUUCUCGGAUCCGAAGUUCAGAGACUGACGCUGUAGGCCAAGAGCAGUCGUGGACCUGAGCCACUCGUUGGCUACUUGAACCUAGACCCCAGCUAGGAGCUUCAAAGUUGGGAGUCCUUGCUGAGAAAGAUGUUUUCACUAAACCUGCCACCAGAUCCCAAGGAGGUGGCAGCCAUUGAAGCUAGACGAAAUCGAGAAAAGGAGCGACAGGAACGAUUCUUUGAUGUGCGGACCCGAGUCAUAGGGGUGGAUGUUGGAGCCCUGAACAGCCAGGUGGAAGAGCGGAAGCUUCGGGAGGCAGCAGAGCAGAGCAAGGAUGAAGCUUACGGUACCAUCCAGAUGCAGUAUGAUCUGGUAGCCCAGAUGCUAGAGAAGGAAGAGGCAGAACGGACACGCCGGCUGGCCAAAAAAGUCCAGGAGUUUCGGGAGCAGAAACAGCAGCUCAAGAAUAAGCGUGAAUUUAACCUUUGGGGUCCAGACCAACUCUGGAAGGGGUUUCCAGCCCUUCGUGGUAACAGUGAUUCCUACUGUGGAGCGUCCAGCCUUCAGUGCUUCUCUGGGGACAACCCAGAGAAGGCCACAUGCCUGAGAAUGCAGCGGGAGCAGCUCAGGUACAGCCUGGAGAAGCAGAUACAGGAGCAACAGCAAGCCAGGGUCGAUGAAAUGCGUACAGAUGAUCUCCGUGAGAAGCUGCGCCUAGCCGUGGAAACACGGGCUGCCCAGCUGGCCAAGCUGGAGGAAUCCUGUCGCAUAGCCAUGAGGUGUGCCAUGGCCAACGCCAACAAAGCCCAGGCAGCUGAGGUGGCUGAGAGACGGCGCCAUGAGUAUCAGCGUGAACAGGAGGCCAACUUGAAGGAGAUCCAGAACCAGAUCAAGAGUGACCUACUAAAUGAGAAACCCCACAUCGCCCAGUGCUCUGUGGCUCCCUGCCAGGUCCUGCCCCAUAGCGGGAAGAGCGUGGCUGCAGAGCAGCAAACUGAUAUCAAGAAAUUCCAGGAGGCGCAAUGCCGAGAAAAGGAGGCACAGCGCCAGGCUGAACAAGCACAGGAUGCUGAAUGGGGAAGACAGGCCAUAUGCCUGGCCCAAGCAGCCAUGGAGCUAGAAGAGCAGGAGAGGCAACUGUGUGCUGAAUUCCGGAGGGGACUGGGCUCCUUCAACCAGCAGCUGGCUAGUGAGCAAAAAGCCCAGCAGAAUUACCUGAAUUCAGUAAUCUACACCAAUCAACCUACAGCCCAAUAUCACCUACAGUUCAACACCAGCAGCCGCUGAACUCCAGAUGGUCAUCUCUUCCUUCCCCUCACCCCCAUCAAGCUCACAGAAGCUAGAAGU